CAAGGAGAUCUGCGAAGCCAAUAACACCAUCAUGUGCCCGCUCUGCGACCAGAAGUGCCCGUUCUGGCUGCUCUCCGACACCUGCACCUAUGCCAAGGUCACUCACAUGAUUGACAACGAGGGGACAGUUGUGUUUGCCAUGCUCAUGGCAAUCUGGGCCACCGUGUUCCUGGAGCUGUGGAAGAGGCAGAGAGCCACCGUGGUCACCGACUGGGACCUGUACAGGUGGGAUGAGGAAGAGGAGGAGCUGGCUAUGGAGCUGAUCAACAAUUUGCAGCACGAACCCCAGCGGUACCAGCACUCCUACUUACGCAGCACCAUCGUACUCCUCUUGGUUCUGUUGAUGAUUGCCGUGCUGAUCGGCAUCGCCCACGCGCUCGUCAUUUACCGGGUGAUAGCAAUGGCUCUGUUCACCCAGAGCAACCUGGAGUUCCUCCGUGAGCAGGCCAACACGAUGGCGGUGAUAACAGGGGCCGUGCUGCACUACAUCACCAUUGUCAUCAUGACCAAGGUCAACAGGCACGUGGCCCUCUACCUCUGUGACCUGGAGAAACCACGGACCUUCUCCCAUCGUGAGAACAACUUCACUGUGAAGAUCUUCACCUUCCAGUUCUUCACACACUUCUCUUCACUCAUCUACAUCGCCUUUUUCCUGGGACGGAUCAACGGCCACCCAGGGAACUACGUGCGCAUUGCCGGCAAGUGGAGGCUGGAGGAGUGCCACCCCAGCGGCUGCAUCACUGACCUCUGCAUCCAGAUGGCCAUCAUCAUGCUGCUCAAGCAGACCAUCAGCAACGUGAUAGAGUAUCUCAUCCCCUGGAUAACCCACAAGCGACGCAAGAAGCAGCACCACCCCAAGAAGAGAAGCAUGAUGGUAUGGGAGGAGGAGGAGGUUGAGGACCCCUGCAAAAGACAGUGGCUGAGCAACUAUCAUCUCAACGAGGUCAACGUCUUCAGCUUGUUUGACGAGUUCCUGGAGAUGGUGAUCCAGUACAGCUUCACCACCAUUUUCGUCGCUGCCUUCCCCCUCGCCCCGCUGCUGGCCUUCUGCAACAACCUCUUUGAGAUCCGCCUGGAUGCCAUCAAGAUGAUGCGGCUGCGCCGGCGCAUGGUGCCCAGGAAGGCCAACGAUAUCGGAAUCUGGCUGCAGGUCCUGGAGGCCAUCGGCAUCCUGGCUGUCAUCGGGAACGGACUGGUGAUCGCCAUCACGUCCGACUUCAUUCCCAUGCUGGUCUACAAGCACACGUACAGCCCCUGCCUGCUCGACCCGGUACAUCACUUCCGCAUCCAGGACUUCGAGCCGUACACAAAGGUGUCCGAAACGCUGCUGGACUUUGUCAUGGAUGAGAUCAAGGAGUGCAG